CACUCUAGCAUGGUGGUGGAAAAUCUUCCCCUUUUUUUUUGUGGUGGCUCACCAUUAAAGUUAGUUAAGGAGGAAACCGACGCCCUUGCAGACUGAAUGGAGGAUGUUUUAUGUAUGAGCCGGUCACCGGGGGACACAAGUAUAUAGCCAGCUGUAUACGUUUCAGUUGGACGCUGAGUUAGAUAGAGGACUCAUCAUGGAUAUAACCAGUUUUAGCAUGGAUAUUGCCAUCGAGGGCUUCCACCAUUUAAAAGUAGUCAACUGGGUGGGGAUUCCUAGGAGUUGGGAGCAAUCAGCCAAUGAAUAAGAAAACAUUUGACUACUUUAAAAUGCCGUUGCCCAUGAUGGCACCGACGCAAUAAUGGCACAGACACAAAGAUUAGUAUAUAUAGACGCAGAUGACGACGUAAAAGGAAUAAUAGCGACCGGUUGGGCUAAACAAUUCCAUAUAAGGAGUUGACAAGAGACCAGAAACAGACUGCCACCUAGGCUCACUUGUCUCCUCAAUAAAACAUGAAACAAAAACAAAUGAUUUAUGGUCAUACUGGACCAAAAUCCCCUUCAGAUUCUGAGCACACAAACAGCGCCAUAAAUGUUGCCACUCCCACCUCUCAAUUCAAGGAAAACGAAAGUGAUCUCAGAUAGCAUGCUGCUCAGGCUGUGUCUGCAUGCAACAAAAUGGCAGAGGCCAUUUUAAAAGACCAAGAUCUGUUAUUUUGUUCAAUAUGCUUGGAACUACUAAAGGAUCCAGUUACUAUACAUUGUGGGCAUAGCUACUGUAUGGGUUGUAUCAACAGCUGCUGGGAUCAGGAUGAUCUGAAAGGAGUCUACAGCUGUCCCCAGUGCAGACAUACCUUCACCCCAAGGCCUGUUCUGAACAGGAGCACUGUCUUGGUUGAAGUGGUGAAGAAACUGAAGAGGACAGGACCCCAAGCUUCUCCUGCUCACUGUUACGCUGGACCUGAAGAUGUGGAGUGUGAUGUCUGCACUGGGAGAAAACUCAAAGCUGUCAAGUACUGUCUGGUGUGUCUUGUCUCAUACUGUGCGACUCAUCUCCAGCCUCACUAUGACUCGCUUGCCUUUAAGAAGCACAAGCUGGUCGAAGCCUCCACACAACUACAGGAGAAGAUCUGCCCUCACCAUGACAAACUGCUGGAGGUUUACUGCUGUACUGAUCAGCAGUGUAUCUGUCUGCUGUGUGUGAUGGAUGAACAUAAAGGCCAUGAAACGGUGUCAGCUGCAGCAGAAAGGACUGACAGACAGAAACAGUUGGGGAAAAUACAGCAGCAGUACCAGCAGAGAAUCCAGGAGAUGGAGAAGGAGGUACAGGAGCUUAGGCAGGCUAUGAAAACACUCACGCGCUCUGCACAGGUGACAGUGGAUGAGAGUGACAGGAUCUUUAUUGAGCUGAUCCGCUCCAUUGAGCGAAGGCGUUCUGAGGUGAAGGAGCUGAUCAGAGCUCAGGAGAAGAUUGCAGUGAGUCGGGUUCAGGGACUCCUGGUGCGGCUAGAUCGGGAAGUCGCUGAGAUGAAGAGGAGAGAUGCUGAGCUCGAGCAGCUAUCAAACACAGAGGAUCACAUCCAUUUCCUUCAGAGUUUCCAGUCACUCGCCGUCCCUCCUGGUUCUGAGGCCCUACCCAGCCCCUCUUUCAAUCCACACAUUUCUUUUGAACGUGUGAAGAAAUUGGUUUCUGGACUGAAAGUGCAACUGGAUGAUAUCUGCAAGGAGGAAAUAGUCAAGAUGUCUGAAAAUGUGAUGAAAGUGCAAAUUGUUCGACCUCUGGAGCCCAAGACCAGAGAGGAGUUCUUAGAAUAUCCCUGCCAACUCACAGUGGAUCCUAACACAGCAUGUGGAACACUGCAUCUGUCUGAGAAGAACAGCAAGGUGACAUGGAGUGAAGGGGAGACUCAAGCCUAUCCUGAUCAUCCAGACAGAUUUACCCACUAUGACCAAGUGCUGUGUAGAGAGGGUUUAUCUGGAAACUGCUACUGGGAGGCUGAACUUCGAGGCUGGAUUGCUGUGGCAGUCUCAUAUGUGGCUCUUGGGAGGAAAGGAGAGGGUAAUGAGUGUAGGUUUGGAGGUAAUGAUCAGUCUUGGAGUUUAGAAUGCUCUCCCACCAGUUGUUCUUUCCUUCAUGAUAAUGUUAAGACUAAAAUACGAUCCCGUUGCACCUCCAGAGUAGGAGUGUACCUGGACUACAAGGCAGGAACUCUGUCCUUCUACAGCGUUUCUAAAAAAGUGACCCUCCUCCACAGAGUGCAUAAAACAUUCACUGAACCCCUCUAUCCUGGGUUUGGGGUUGGUUUGGAAUCAUCUGUCAGGAUAUUGCGUCCCAUGCAGUCAACGUGAUUUUCCUGUGUUAUAUAUUCAUUUACACACUAUGAGGUUAGAAUAAUACUGUGAAAUUGUGAACAUUUUUAGUGGAAGAGUUGUUUGAAAAGACCUGAAAUUUCAGCCUGUUUUGGUGGAAUAGAGUUUUGGCCUGCCUGGUGUCAUUUGGCCGGCAGCUCUUACAC